UCAGUCCUCCUUUCAUCAGAACAGCACAAAGGCAAAGCCAUCGUUUUCAACAGAGGUGAUUACAGGUUUUUCAAGACUAGCUAGAAGACUGUUGAUAUUGUAAACUGGCUGUAACAUUCUACUAGACCUUCAUAUUUUUACCACCUGUGAGCAGAACAUGAAGUAAGAGGAGAAGUAAUGGACAAGCAGGAAGAAAGUGAUAUUUUACAGAACUGUUUCUGCAGGACAGAUUCACAUAUGAUGCCCACAGAUACCUCCAGCUCCAGCCGACCAGUUGAUCAGUGUGGUAUAUGUGAUUCUAGAUGUUCAUCACCCGUGUUAAUGGUGUCUUGUGAGCACCGCUUCUGUUUAAGCUGCCUGGAGGGUUUCUGGCAGAAUCUUCCUGAUUGUGAAAGGCCAUGCCCCUCUUGCAAAUUGCCGAGGGAAGGGAAACCAAAAGAACGCCAAAAGCCAUUACAGUGUGACUUGUGCCCACCUUGUAGCCCAUGCAUUGCCCAGUGGAGCUGUUUGACUUGUGGGGAGUCAUAUUGCCCUGACCACUUUCAGCCACACAUGCUGGAGGAAGAUAAAGCCAACCACCAAGUAUGUAAUGCAGAAAACAAAGAUGCUAGAAAGAUGGGGGAGAUGAGGAGAAGGACACGCUGGUGUCUGGAGCACAGGGAAAGGCCAUUGGAGCUCUUCUGCAAGGCAUGCAGAGUAUGUGUGUGUACACUUUGCCCCCUACUAGGAGCACACAAAGGACACCCAGUGACACUCAUACAGCAAGAAGCCACACACAAAAAGAUUCUGACAAGCAGAUGCCUGGAGCAGCUUGAUCAAAAGAGAAACCAUGUACUUGGCAACAUCCAUCAUAUUGAGCAAGCUGCCACUGAUCUCAAGGAUUUCACUGCAGUUGAAAAGGAAAUGAAGAGUCAUGCAGUUCCAGCAGAACAAUUACAUCCGGUUCCUGUCAAAUUUGAACAUGUAGAGAAAUACUACAGUGCCUUCAUAGAAAACCUGAAAUCUUCAAUCAAGGAACCACCUGCAAUCCGAAUUCAAAAAGAUGCUAUUGAUGGUCCAAGCUCAAGAUCAACCCAAAAUCCAGGAAAAUUAAUUAAAACAGCCACCUAUGGCAAUAGGUCAUCACUCUUAAAAUAUGCCAGAACACCGACUUUAGAUCCGGACACAAUGCACCCAAAACUGAGGCUCUCAGAAGACCUACUUACAGUACAGUGUGCUUGGUUAGGAAAAUUUAACGCUAAUCAUCCACCAAGAUUUGAUAAACUCAUGCAGAUUCUAAGUAGAGACUCCUACUUCUCUGGCAGUCACUAUUGGGAAGUAGACGUCCUUCAGGCAGGACAGGGAUGGUGGAUCGGAAUCACAUACCCAUCUAUACAAAGGAAAGGAGAUACAGAGUUGAGUCGUCUUGGGUGGACCAGUGGAUCAUGGUGCAUUAAAAGAUAUGAUUAUGAGUACUGGGCCUUCCACAAAGGAGAGAGGAAAGCGAUUCAUCUUACUAACCCUCCAGAAAAAAUUGGGAUUUUCCUGGACUAUGAAUCUGGAGUUCUAUCAUUUUUGGAUGUCACGUCUGGAAUGAAGCAUUUGCAUACCUUUCGAUGUAGAUUUACUGAACCUUUGCAUCCAGCUCUUCGAUUAUGGGAUGGGUCAGUCACAAUGUGUAGACUGACUUAAUAAUGAGGCUAGGUUUACAUCAUGGUUUAUAUCCUCUGGUUAGUAGAUACGCUAAAAACAUAUACAAAUGAAUGCCAGUGGCACCGCUUACUUCUAUGGGUCUGUGUGCCAUGUCCAGUUCAUUUUGGACAUGGAUAACACACAGAUGAAAUACAGUUGUGUGAAUAUGCCCUGAGAUUUCUGUUUUAGGAUGGCAUUGCUGUACCUUCUGCAUUUACAAGUUUUUUUCAUUAAUAAGAAUUCUGUUCCCUUAAAUUUAUUGAAAAAUAUGGAUUCAUGGAUUUAUAGGUUGCAGAAGAUGUGAGGAUCUUAUAUAAUAUGUGACCCUGCUACAGUUAUCUGUACAGCAUAUGUUUAUAUGGUUUAUAACUAUCACUAAAGGUUGGUUUACCAUAAUCUUUCAGAAUAUACAUAGGCCAAUAUUUACUAAUGAGAUUGUGCCUAGACCUGGUCGUAAAAUGUGCCACAAUUUGGCACUAUUAUCUAGCAUGAGCCACUGUGAUAAAUUUUGUGGAUCCUUACACUGCCUGGUCUAAGUUUACGUCUGAAUCCCUCCCCCAGUUCUAAACCAAGAUGGUUGAGAUUUAAAGGGAUAGGAAAAUAAAGAGCCUAGAAUUAAGUAUGCUUUGUUUAAAUAUCAAUUUUGAGAAUGAUGUUUGCAGAUCAACCAUUUUGUAUCUUGAAUUACUUCUAGCUUAUAUGUAGGAUGUUAAUAUAUAGUAAAUGUAUGUUUCUUCUGAAGAUAGCUUUAUGCAAUAGCAAUGGGCAAUAAAAAAUCCAUAAAAUAACUCCAAUCACAUAGAAGUGAGCAGAGUAAUUGUUACAUCAACGCCCAACACACACUUCAGCCAAAUUACCACUAAUUACCCCUUAAAUAGAUGUUCCAAGACCCCUAAACAUUUUAAAAUGAAUUAAUCAAAUGACAAAGGAACUCAAUUACUCCAUAUGAAUAAUGAAGCCAGUCACUGGUCUCAGCAGUCUCAUGCGCUAGUCUGGGAUGUCGUUGAUGCAGAAAGUAGUGAUUGGCUACCGUGAUCACACGGAGUUCUCGGAGAGGACAUUGUUGCAGUGAUGGAAACACAGAACAGUGGGCAGCAUCAGGAGAGGGCAAACAGACUAAUGAGUUAGUCAUCUUGUGUUUUUCUAUAAUAAUCCCUGUUACUAUCUAAAAAUAUUGGGGGGAUUGGGAAACCCCUUCAAACUAAAAAUUACAUUUGAGCAGCCAACUGAAUGUUGGUAGAUCAUAGCAGAGAUAUGUUGCAAUCUAGGACAGUUACGGCAAUUUGGGACUGUCUCACUGAACCUUCACCCUUCGGCAGGCUUGGAUACGUUUUUAGAAAAAAAUAAAAAAUUACCGCCUCUGUAAUUGUAAUUCUUGUUUUUAAUUGUUGAUUAAGUCUGAUUGGUACUUAGAACAAGGAGGGAAAUAUUUCCUUCAUAGAGCAGAUAAGUCAUGAUUUUGACCUUCUUUAGGAUCAAUAAGGGAAUCAGCAGUUCUAAAGUUUAGCCAUACCCUAUCCCUUGUAUUAUUUCUAUGAUAACUAUGUUUGCUAGGGGUUAGGAAAGAAGGCUCCUCACUACCUAACAUUGUGGGUGAGGAGUAACAUGCCAUAUUAUUGUCUUGGUUCCUGACAUCAGCAAAACAGUGACUUCAAGGUAAAGUCCACGUCCCCCAGCAGGACAUCUCUUGUGGUCACAUGGGGACACGUUACAACUAAAGUAAGUCAUCCACUGCAGAGGAGCAUGUUACCCCAGCUAUGCAAGAAGUUUAAGUGUGGGGACCGGAAGUCGGGUGAAGACCGCUCUUUUCCCAGGUCCUGCUGGGGAAGGAGGGGGGGAGAUUAAAAAAAAAAAAAAAAAAAGGGCAACCCCUUUAAGAGAUAAGUUAAACUCCCUAUAAAAAAUAAAUUGCAUUUAUGUUUUAGACAAUGAAGACACUGGUGUUGACUUUUGUGGUUUGUAAAGUCAUGAUCAGCAGUAUAUGAAAUUAUAAAAAAGUUAAAUGUUUAUGUCAAUGGUAAA